AGGACGGUCCGCAUCCGCCGGACGCCGGAAGUGCCUCUUCGCCCCCGCCACUGGGCCAUGGAGUCUGUGGCACAGUAGAGUCUGUGGUGUGAGGAUUGCGGGGGAGGUGGCCAUGGAGGCCGUGCUGAAUGAGCUGGUGUCUGUGGACGACCUGCUGAAGUUUGAAAAGAAAUUUCAGUCUGAGCAGGCGGCAGGUUCGGUUUCCAAGAGCACACAGUUUGAGUACGCCUGGUGCCUGGUGCGGAGCAAGUACAAUGAUGACAUCCGUAAAGGCAUCGCACUGCUCGAGGAGCUGCUGCCCAAAGGGAGCAAGGAGGAGCAGCGGGAUUAUGUCUUCUACCUGGCUGUGGGAAACUACCGGCUCAAGGAAUAUGAAAAGGCCUUGAAGUAUGUGCGAGGGCUGCUGCAGACAGAGCCCCAGAACAACCAGGCCAAGGAACUGGAACGGCUCAUUGACAAGGCCAUGAAGAAAGAUGGACUAGUGGGGAUGGCCAUCGUUGGAGGCAUGGCCUUGGGCGUGGCAGGACUGGCUGGACUCAUAGGACUUGCUGUGUCCAAGUCCAAAUCCUGAAGGAACCUGCACCUCCUCCUCUGCCCAAGGAGACAAGGGAGCCCAUGGAGGACACUCGAAGAGGAGCCUGUCAAUCCUCACAGUCCCUUCCCUGUUCUUCCCUUGCACCCCGUCACUGUCCUCCACGGCCUGUAACCACAAUCUGCAACCUGAGACCUGACCUUAUGCCCCAGAUCAUGUACUUUGGGAUGAGUGUAAAUAAAAUUGGGCUGUGACUUGGGAA